CCGAGCUGCAACGUCCAUCGCCCUGCUACGCCUAACUCUACAGCACCGUUUUUUCUGCUUCAAAUCUUUCUAUGGAAGUGCAGGUAUCUGACGCAGAGCUCCCAGGACGCUCAUCAGAAGUCUGGUUCGUUGAUGGCAACAUCAUCAUCCAAACAGAGUCGACUCAGUUUCGUGUCUACCGCGGAAUCCUUGCUGCAAACUCUCUAGUGCUAAGCGACAUGCUCUCUCUAUCUCAGCCAGACAAAAAAUACAUGGUCGACGACUGCCCCGUUGUUCAUUUUCACGAUUCUCCGAAGGAUAUGGUGCAUUUUUUGAAAGCCUUGCAUUUUCCUCGCUACUAUCAGCCUUUAGCAACUACCACCUGGAGUAUCAUCUUAGCUAUGCUGUGCCUUGGCAAGAAAUACGAAGUCGAGCACCUCUUCAAGCCUGCUUUCAAACACUUGUCAACAAUUUUCCCUUCGACUCUCUCUGGUUGGCUUUCUAGAACGUAUGAAGGCAUAGAAAACUUCAAUGGACUUCCUCUGGCUAUGUACCAGCUAGCCAAAGAAACUCAGUGCCUCUCUUCUUCCUGCAUCCAUGUACACUAUGAUCAUCACCAUGAAGGUUGAGCAGGUUCUCAAUGGUGUCACACUUCCUGACGGAUCCCACGUCGACAUCUCUCAAACCGACAAAAUCCUAUGGUGUCAAAUGCGCAGCUAUCUCCUCACACUCCUCCGCACGAAAAUUCUCCGAUUCCUGUUUGAUGAUAUCCCAGGGUGCCAGAAUCAAUGUUUGUGCAACAAUCAUAAGUACGGCAUUAUACGUGAUCUUUCGAAGUCGACGCGCGUGUUCAAUUUGCCCGGUCCUGGACUGUUCGACGUACCUCUGAUCUGGGAAGGAGUCAAGACCCUGCUCUGCAUGUCUUGUGGCAAUACGGCUUUUGAA